ACGUUUAUAUCUCCUCUGUCCACCCGCACCUGUUAAAGCUCGGCUUUUUCAGUACUUCAGGUUACAGAAUUGCUCGACGAACUAAUAUACAGAGUGUGAUCGGAACUGAAUUGCUUGCUAGAAAAUGCAUCCUCCGUUGACAUUGCAUAGGCACCCGAUGUGUGCCGAAAUUAUUGAGGUGUUCCAGAAGUGUCAUUCCGACCAUCCUAUCGGAAAGUUUUUCGGGAAAUGUACCGAUCUCAAAGUAAAGCUCGAUCGGUGUUUUCGGGAAGAGAAAGCUGUGAAGCGGAAGGCGAAUUUUGAACAGAGUAAGAAACUCAAAGAAAGGCUUCAGAUACUAAGGAAGGAAGCUGCUGAAAGAAGCGCAGAAGAGAAGAAUUUCAUGUCAACUUAAGGAUAAAACGGUAAACCAAAUCCGAAACUCGUACAAAUUUGUAAUAUGGCUUGGAAAAAUAUAGAAUUGGCCUCACUGCACAUUGCUAGAGGAUUAUAGUUAAUUCUUCAGUCAUAUUGUCUCUGCUUGACAUUAAUUAUUGGAUUGUAGAAAGCUUACUUCCAUUAAUCAUUUUUUCCAAUUAUAAGGAGCUAUGUUGCACGAA